AUGGACAAAGAGUUUGCUUUGCGGAUUCCUUAUGGAGUCCCAAAGCGUGUUCGCUUUACUCUUUUCAGCGAGAACGAAAAGAAUUCCCUUAUUCCCAUUGUGCCAAGGGAGUCUUCAAGUGAUCAAAUGAGCAUGUUCUCGGAGCUGAACAGCACUCGCUUAGGCGUCAUCUUCCAGGAAGAAAACGAGUGCCCCACAUGCAGUGGUAAGGCUGGUGACCAGGAUCCCUCAGUUCUCUGUCCUGGUCACCUCGGUGUAGUUAAAUUUGGUUACGACAUCUUUCACCCCAUGAUAAUAGAUGACCUAGCUACUUUGAUGAAUUGCUUUUGCCCCAAUUGCUAUCACCUAAAGUUUUUUAGACUCUUCAAGGAAACAGACCGUGAGCUUGCCAUAAACGCUUUAAACAGACUCAGAGAUACUACGCCAACCCUGAACUUUCUCCCAAAAUUAGCGGAACUAUCAGCUACGAUUGCUUGCUGUGAGAGGAAUAUACUUUACAGGAAGAAGGCUUCCGGGACGUCCAGGAACGGCGUGGCGCCACAACCACUAAUCCUAGCUGUCUCUAAGAGUACAAGAGGAAGCACUGCAAGGCAAGCCAAGGAUCAAGAUCAGCUAAUGGAUGCUCACACAUGUAAGCUCCUUAUUACGCGCUACAACAAAGAUGACAUCGUCCUGUUGGGUCUGAAGAGAGACCAUAUAGAGAACUUCAUCAUUUCCUCCAUACAGGUAGGGUCCCGUGCAGUUCGUCCCUCAAUUAGGACAGAUGGGACAACAGCAGAAGAUCAAUUGACCGAAAUGUAUGUCUCCUUGUUUCGCAAUAUAAGAGAUUGCAACAAUAAUAGUCUAAACGCUGGCGGUGGCGCCACGGGUGCUAAGUCUCAAAUUGGGCCCAACGAUAUUUAUAACGCAUACAAGACUCUCAUCUCUGCCAAAGGACUCAACGCAGAUGGAGGUUCUGUGCCCACCAAGGGAAUUUUCGAGCGUCUUUCUGGAAAGUAUGGUAGAAUGAGAAGCAACUUAAUGGGAAAGCGCGUUAACUAUUGUUCACGGAGCGUUAUUACUGGUGAUCCGACUAUCAGCAUCAACGAGUUAGGGGUGCCUCGUUCUGUUGCAAGUAGGCUUACGUUCCCAGAGGUUGUUACUGCACGCAACCGUGACUUUCUUAUGAAGCUUGUUUCCAACGGCAACCGCUACCCUGGAGCCGUCAGCAAGACACUUCCCAGUGGCACCGUCCAGCUUAUAGACACUCAGGUAAUAAACUCAACUGGCUGGGGCUCUUCCACUGACGCAGACGGGCGACUGGGUGGAGAAACCACCAACGAUCCUCUUCCACUAGGAACCAUAGUUAACAGGCAUCUGCUUGAUGGUGAUUAUGUCUUGUUUAACAGGCAGCCAACCCUUCACAAGUCAUCCUUUAUGGGCCACCGUGUGAAGGUCCUUCCUUACAGCACGUAUCGAUUAAAUCUUUCGGCGACAUCCUCCUACAAUGCAGACUUUGAUGGAGACGAAAUGAACCUACAUGCCUUGCAGAGUCUAGAGGCUGUCGCAGAGAUUAGUGAGCUUUGCAUGGUGAGCAACCAGGUUGUUUCCGUCAAGGAUAACAGGCCCAUCGUCUACAUCGUUCAGGAUGUUCUCUUGGGCUGUUACUUGUUCACAGGGAAGGAUGUAACUAUUCCCUUUGCACGGGUAUGUGAGUACAUCAUGUGGAUGGGAUUUAGCAGAACCUCCGACCCUACGUAUGCACACAAACUGCAAAGAUACGACAAGGGGUCGGUGAACCAGCGAGGACACUCUUCAGCAUCUAUGUCUUACGACUUUAGUGACCACACCUCUGGCUCUUACAAUCCUGCUGAGUAUGAUUCUUCAUCGUACUUGGUGGGUAACUCUGCUACUGGUAGUGUAGUUGAUGGACGAGGAUCGUAUCUUUCUACUGGCAAUUAUGGCGCCUCUAGCGCAUCUCGAAAGGCAUAUGAGGACAAUAUCAAUAACGAUAACGGCGCAUACUUUAAACGCCCUGGAAGCAACGUGAAUACUAAUGACCAUGUUCUCCUUAAUGUUUCCCAGCCCGCCAUUUGCUAUCCAGAAGCACGGUGGACUGGUAAACAAGUGUUCUCUAUGUUUGUACCUAGAGGUGUGUUUUACCGCUCUGGAGAUCCCAAAGACAUAUCCGCACAUGCAGACAAAUACAUUUCUUUUCUGGAUGGCAGUGUUAUGUGUGGUCGCAUAGCAUCAUCUGUCGUAGGAGGAACUGAAAGUGCACUAAUCCACAUCCUCUUUAGGGAUUAUGGCAUUGAGCCAUGCAGAGCGUUCAUCGAUAAUUGUCAGCGUGUUGUGUGUCGGUUUAUGCUGGACCAUGGGUUCUCUGUUGGAAUGGGAGAUAUGGUGUCGUCAGAACACACUGAGAGGAAAGUCGCUGAGAUUCAGACCAAGCUUUCAAAAGACAUCAGUGAGCUGUUUAAACUAUCUAUUCAUUACAAAAUUAAGCUGGCCCCAGGACAGUCCCGAAAUGAUGCAUUUGAGCAAGAGGUCAUUUCAAAGGUGUCUGGCACUUCUCUUGCCUUGGAGAAGGUAAUUACCGAUGCGGCUCCUCAUAGAAAUGCGCUUCUGGUUAUGAUAAACGCUGGGUCGAAGGGGAAGAAAUUCAAUAUGAUGCAAAUCUCAUCGUCAUUGGGCCAACAGUUUCUCCAAAGCAAGCGCAUGCCGCAUAGGUUCGAGACCCACAGGUCUCUCCCCUGCUACAGUCCUUUCAGCAGUUUAAACAUGGAGAGCCGGGGCUACAUUUUCAACUCAUUCAUCAGGGGGCUAAAUCCAGCAGAGUUUUAUUUCCAUGCUGUGGGUGGACGUGAAGGAGUGUGUGACACUGCGGUCAAAACAGCUGAUAGCGGAUAUGUUGAAAGAAAGCUCCUAAAGGUAAUGGAGUCUGUUUGUUAUCGUUAUGACAACUCUGUCCGCAAUGACUCCAACGAGAUUAUUUCAUUCCGAUAUGGAGACGACGGGAUAGAUCCGCACAAAUCAGAAAGCCGCGAAUUCAAGGACUUCUCCAUAAGUGACAUGGACUUCUUGCGUGCUCACUAUAUUGAUUGGUCGCAGAUAGUCGAUUUUCAGAACACUGAGAUGGAUGAGAGCACCGAUUUCUACGCUACUUUAGUUCGGGAAAAAUUCGCGGUUAUCAUUGCCAAGCUCCGUGAUACUCCCGAGCAAUUCGCUCAUCUCUGCGAUGGAGUUUCAUUCUACGAGGUAUGUGACGACGAAUUAAGAGCUAAAGGGUUCGACAAUCUAGUCCUGGAUAAUAACCUGGUUUCCUUUACUGAAUUAUCGUCAUAUCUACAGAACCAUUAUGCGCUAUUUAUGGAUGCAGAAAGCUCACCUGGGUAUGUUCCUGAAAACAUAGACGACUCUUGGCUGGAUAUUGGGGUAAAAUCAUCACUUGUGCUAGAACGAGACUUUGCGAUUAGCACUAUACUUGUCGAAUACAUUGUCCUCUUGUUGGAGAGGAUCUGGCUCCAGCGCUCUAGAAUUACCCUAGACACAGAUGUCAAGAAAUUCACCUUUGGGAUGAAUCUGGACAGAAUAAUUCAAUCAGAGAUCCAAGCAGGCUCUAUCAACAAGGUUAGUAGAUUGAUCCGAGAGUCUGCGUGGAGAUGCUAUCUCAAGCCCUUUGAGGCUAUAGAAAAGGUGAACAAGCUCCUCUCUAGGAUAAAGUCCUUUCGGCCGAAAGAAUCUACUCUAUUCCGAGUCAUUCUGCGGCAAUGCUUGUCUUCAAAGUCAUGCUGUUAUAAAUACCGUCUUACCAGUGAGCAACUGGAUAGAAUUCUUGCAACCAUUGAGGAAAAGUUUGUUAGAGGCCAAGUUUCUCCAGGAGAACCUGUUGGGCCACUGGCUGGACACUCUGUCUCCGAGCCCGCUACACAACUUACUCUCAACACGUUCCAUACAGCAGGAACCUCCGCACUCGGAGGCCUUGGGCUUCCUCGCCUCAAGGAGCUCAUCGACUUCCGAAAUCCAAAGAUUUCCGUCAGCACCAUAUAUCUUAACAUUUCUAACCAGGACCCUGCCAAUGCUGGUGUGGAUACUCGGUGUACUAGCCAUUCUCCGAUGCUUUUCAACCGUCCUGUGGCUCCUCGUCCCAACAGCUACAAUAUCGCAUCAGCCGAGGAGGCUACCGGGAGAAACAUCCGACAAUCUAAGGCGUGGAUGAACUUGGCUGCGAAAAUAGAACAUACAACAUUCAACUAUUAUAUAGAUGACUACAAACUUAUUUUUGAUCCAUUUGAUGAGCUCACCUGUGUUGCGGACGACAGGGAAUGGCUCCACCUAGAAUCGGAAAUAGGGCAUUUACAACAGCAAGUCUAUGGAGAGCGUCCAAACGAAGCUGUUCGCUUCUACUCUCCGUUUGUUCUCCGAUAUGAAAUAGGACUGAAACAGAUGCAGCAGAAGAUCGAAGCUGGGAUUACCAUUCAGACACUUGUGAGUAGGUUGAUACUGAUGCUGCAACAAAUAUACACAUCAAGAGCGGGUCGCCCAAAGUCUGAAGACGACGAUGAGGACGAUGAAGAUGACAUUAACAUUAAGCAAAAAGCCAUGAUUGGCCGUGAAAUGCCAAUAAUAAAUUACUAUACCGGCUUGGGCAAAACUGUUAUACGAGUUAGACCCAGCCUCACUGAGGAUGAGUAUAACGCCGUCAAGGGGAGCGCCAUUGGUAGUGGGGCGCCAGACAUGGAAAAGAGCAGAUUGCUAGCGGAGCGAUAUGAUGGCGUUGAUGCAUUUCUCAGGAAUGUUCACAUAUCGGGCAAUGAGUCAAUCAGAAAGGUUUUCAUGGCGUCGUCCAAUCCGCUGGUUCAUUAUGGUUAUGAUGGCUUCACAUCUAACGUAGACGUCUUCUCUCAGGGCUCCAGUGACGGGCUCUCUAUGCACAAAAUGUCAGAAGGAGAUCUAAGCAAGAUAGGUUCGAUAGGGAAAUUUACUCAACCCAACAGCGAUAUUAGCGAGCUCUAUUUACAGACAGACGGUUCUGAUCUCCUUUGGAUUUUGACGCAGCCAGAGGUGGACUUUACCAGGACGUGGACUACAAACGUGCGAGAGAUCUAUGAAAUCUUGGGAAUAGAAGCAGCACGAGCCUUAUUUAUAAAACAGAUCAGAGCGACCCUUGACAAGGUAGACCUCAAUAUUCACCACUACUUAAUUUUGGCCGAUAUUAUGUCCUCGCGGCCCCAAAAUAACAAGAUGAUAUCUAUAAAUCGAUAUGGUAUGCAAGCAACCAAUACUGGUGUGCUGGCACAAGCUACCUUCGAGCGCCCCGGGGCAACCGUCCUCAAGGCAGCUGCGUUUGGUGUUGUGGAUCCUCUCAAGUCUGUCUCUUCUUGUGUUGUUAUGGGGAAGCAAGGUGACUUUGGAACUGGUUGUUUUGAUCUUCUGCUCAAUUGUGCAGAACUUCCAAGUAUUAACGAGGAUGAACUUUUCCCGAACUCCUAUUAUCUUAAGGUCCAUAAUGCGACUACAGAAGUCAGGCCCACAGCCGGAGCAGAAGAAACACCAGUCGAUAGCAUGGGAAUGCCGUUUUCAACAACCUUUAUCUCUCCAACUGCCACUGCAAUGGUGACACCAACUUCCACGUACACUUCACACUCAUCUGUAAGGAGUGUCGUGUCUGCAGGUGGACGUGUGGAUGCUAAUAUGAAUCCACUAUUCAGCCCUGGGUGCAACCGCUCAAGACAAGCCGAAAACGCUUCACGUAUUUUCUCAAGCUACACGGCCAAUACCUUGACUUCAGCAAAGUCCAGUCUUCCCACACAGCUAACCAUCACUAGUAGGUCCCGAGGACUGAGUAACAUCGUUGACGGCAGGGACUCUAGAAUAGCAUCCAUUACAAGUGCAGUUAAUAGCAAGAUGAGUGCAUUCUCUAUGACUUCUUGUAACAGCAUCAACAGCUUCCGUUCAGCACUGGCAUCUAAGGCAAGCACGCAUAGCAAUCAAUAUGAUACGUCCGAUCUUGUUGAUGUGAAAGGAGCAGGUAGAUAUGGAAUCUUUACCCACUCCACUAAUAUGAGCUAUGAGAACACAGCUGCUUCUAUUCGAAAUAGUGGAGGAAUGUUUGCCAGUAGAUCCGGAAGCGCAUCCUCUGUGCGCUCGCAAAGCGCAACAAACAUUGAUGCCAGUGCUGCAGACUCAGGUCAAAGUGGAGAGCUUCGAGACAAUCAUGAGGACGAUAACAACGAUUAUGCUGAGUGGUGA